AUGCCUUCCGACGGCCCCACGGCGCCGUUGCUGGGGGACCACGUGCCCCGCGCCCGCCUCCGUCCACGCUUCCUCCGGCGCCCCCCCAGCCUCCGAGGCGCCGCUCGGUUCCUCCGGCGCGCCAGCAGCCGGAGCCGCGCCAUGCGCGAGCCGUCCGUCCGCGUCCGGGAGGCGGCCGCCGAGCAGAUUGAGGAGCGGCAGAGCGACUGGGCGUACUCCAAGCCGAUAGUGCUCCUGGACCUUAUCUGGAACAUCGCCUUCGUCGUGGUAUCGAUCUCGGUGCUGAUCAUGAGCCGGAACGAGACGCCGCCCGCGCCGCUGAGGCUCUGGAUCGUCGGCUACGCGGUGCAGUGCGUCCUCCACGUCGCGUGCGUUUGCUCGGAGUAUAAGAAGAGGAACUCGCAGCGGGAUUUAGAAGCGAGCGGGAGAGGUCAGUUCGUUUACAGUCGGAGCUACUCGGAUUCGAGCUCGGGAAGUGAUGAAUCCGAUACCGGCGGUUACUUUUUCGGUCGCCGGCAAAGUGAUGAUGAAGCUAGCUUUGCUAAGCAUCUGGAGUCUGCAAAUACUAUGUUCUCGUUCAUUUGGUGGGUAACCGGGUUCUAUUGGGUGUCGGCUGGUGGCCAAAACUUGACUACUGAAUCACCUCAGCUUUACUGGCUUUGCAUUACAUUUUUGGCAUUCGACGUGUUCUUUGUGGUCGUCUGUGUCGCUGUUGCUUGUGUUGUUGGACUUGCUGUUUGCUGCUGUCUACCGUGUAUCAUUGCACUCCUGUAUGCUGUUGCUGAUCAGGAAGGAGCUACUAAGGAAGACAUUGAGAGGCUACCUAGAUACAAGUUCCGGAAAAUCAGUGAUCUCGAGAAGCAAAACAGUGAAACUGAAGUUUCUUAUGGAGGAAUAAUGACUGAAUGCAACAGUAACUCACCCACAGAGCAUGUUCUUCCUCAAGAGGAUGCUGAAUGCUGCAUUUGCCUGAGUGCUUAUGAUGAUGGAGCUGAACUGCGUGAGGUCCCUUGUGGCCACCAUUUUCAUUCCGCCUGCAUAGACAAGUGGCUCUACAUAAAUGCCACCUGUCCUCUUUGCAAGUUCAAUAUACUGAAAAAUGGCAACCAAGAUGGCAGUGAAGAAGUAUAG